UAUGCAAAGAAACAUGGCUUGCCUAUGCUUGAAAACGUUUGUCUGCCUCGACUGGGGGUAACAAAAACCAUACUAGACGAAUUAGCACCAAAGGAAGACCCCUGCAAUUUCAAAGAUAAUUCUGAAAGGUUAAACUGGAUCAUCGAUAUGACCAUUGCUUAUCCAAAAGGAGAAGCACCGAACGCCCUGAUUCUGAUGUUCUCCAUGGGAAAAUUCCCGCCCAUACACAUACACUAUCGUGUCUUCAAUAUUCAAAACGUCCCUAGAGACGAAAAUGGACUCACAAAAUGGAUGUACGACAGAUACGUCGAAAAAGAAGCCAUGUUGGACCAUUUCUAUAACACGGGAGUUUUUGCUAAAGAUGGAAAGGAAACUGUGGACACAGACAAACUAGGCAGCUUCAUUUAUGUGAUCUUUUACUCUCUUUGGAUGUGGUGGUUGGCCCUAUACGUUUAUGCCCCUAUAUUUUCCUUAUUAAGUUGGAAAUUGAUUUUUAUCAUUAUGUUUUGCUAUGUUUUGUAUUUUACUUAUGACUUUAUAAAGUACUUUAGAGAUUUUGCACCCUAAAUUUUGCUGUGCAAAAGAUGCAGAUCAACAUAUUGUCCAUUCUAAUUUUUAAAAACCGGUAAGCUACAUGAGUACAUGUACAUAUCUUU